CUUCACCUGCUAUUACAAAAAAUGCUUUUAUUGUCGCUGUUCGUCUUAUUAUGCAUCCUAUUGCUAUACUACUACAUGACGAGACGUUAUACCUAUUGGUUAGAAAGAAAUGUGCCUUAUCCCAAACCUUCAUUGUUUUUUGGGAAUAACAGAAAUGUAGCAAUGUUAAAGAUCACUGUCGGUGAAAAUCUGCAAAGAAUAUAUAAAAUGUACGAAGGCUAUCCAUUUGUUGGCAUGUAUGAGCUCGUGACACCAGUUCUUUUAUUAAGAGAUCUAAAAUUAAUUAAACAUAUUUUGGUGAAAGACUUCGUCUAUUUCCAAAGUCGUGGAAUUGCAGCAAAUGAACACGUUGAUCCGCUCACUGCGAAUUUAAUCAAUCUCAGCGGGCCACGAUGGCGAAAUUUGCGUACAAAACUCACACCAGCCUUUACAUCUGGUAAAAUUCGACAUAUAUUUGGAUUGUUUACGGAUGUUUCAGAAAAAUUUAAGCAAUUUGUAAAUCAAUGUGCGGACACUGGAGAGCCCGUUGAUAUUCGUGAUCUUUCUGUCAAGUUUACCACUGAAGUCAUAGCUACCUGUUUUUUUGGACUUGAAACUAACACGAUACAAAAUGGUAAUUCCGAAUUUCGAAAAAUGUGUAAAACGGUCUUGGAUCCGUCGUUAAUAUUGGCAAUAAAGAGAUGUGUGCGUGAUUACAUGCCCGGAGUCUUCAAAUGGUUGUCAAUAUCUCUAAAUCCUUCAGACGUAAUUAUCUACUUCAUGAGAAUAGUGAAUGAAAUGAUUACACACAGACAGAUGAACAACAUAACGCGGAAUGAUAUUAUGCAAGUCUUGAUGGAUUUAAGAUAUAAGAAAAUUCAGCAAGAUACAUUUGCAGCCCAAUCGCAGGAUAUUUCAUCUGAAGCGAAUGACAUAGUUAUCGAUGAUAAGCUCAUUGCAGCUCAGGUUUAUAUAUUCUUCUUGGCUGGCUUCGAAACUUCAUCGACAACAAUGAGCUUCGCCAUGUACGAAUUGGCUGCUAAUCCUGAAAUACAAAAGAAAUUAUACGACGAGAUACAAAGCGUUUUUGAGAAACACCGUUGCAUUUCUUAUGAUGCUAUAUGCGAAAUGGAAUAUCUUGAUCGCGUUAUUCGCGAAACUCUUAGAAAAUAUCCGCCUGUUGCAAUGACACAAAGAGUUUGCGAAGAACGGUAUCAAAUUCCUGACACAGAUGUUAUCAUAGAAAAGGGUACAAAAGUUCUCGUACCUAUUUAUGCAAUCCAUCAUGACCCACUUUAUUACGAGAAUCCAAAUAUAUUCGAUCCAGAUCGAUUUCUUGAUGAAAACAAGAAACUUCGUAAUAAUUAUACGUUUCUACCUUUUGGCGAUGGACCACGAAUUUGUAUUGGAAUGAGAUUUGCCUAUAUGCAAACAAAAAUAGGUCUCGUUACUCUUAUAGCAAAUUUUGAAGCAGAAUUAAGUGAGAAAACAGUUACGCCACUACAGUUUGAACCGACCACUUUUACAUUAACAAGUAAAUAUGAUAUAUGGUUGAAGAUUCGCCGUCGUUUACAAGAUCAAGCAGGAAAAUCGUAAUGCAUGUCGCAUUAAAGAUUACGUUUUGAUAUUUGAUAAGUUAAAACAACUUCAUCUCUGUAUUUUAAUAAUCAAUUUAUAUAUAGAUAUUUUGUAUAAAUAAUAUUCAAUAAAAAAGUAUUGAA